AUGGUAGUCCUUCCACCAACGAACGAGCCAGCAUCAUGGAACACCAAUUACAUCCUCUUCUGGAACAGUCUCGCACUGGACUUGAAUAGACUCACCUCCUCCAUCGGCGGUCCAGGAGGUGGCCCACCAGCAUCAGCUCGCUUCUUAGCAAUUCUGCAUCUCGCUAUCAACGAUGCGUAUUUUGCAAUCAACCCCGAUAAGACCGGCAAUGCAACUACCUAUCUCGAUCCCAACUCUAGCGACCCAAGCACUAAACUCCCAGCUCUUGUUGGAGCAACAGACGCCUCUCAAGCAGUUGCUGGAGCUGCCAACACCGUUCUUCGCCAACUUUACACCAGUCCAGCGGCAGGAGUUGCUACCGCGGCUACGAACGAGCUCACAGCUCUGAUCGAUGGUUACCUCGCAAGGCUUCCUGUUCUCAAUACCCUAGGAAACAGCUACCGCUUUGGUGUAGCAGUAGGUAAAGCAAUCCUAAACCUUCUUGACCAAGGACCCGCUCCAUUCGAUCAAGACUCCUAUCGUCCAUCCGGCGGACAAUAUAAAUUCAGUGAAGACCCAUCAAACCCCAUCAAACGUGUCCCAGUCAACCCCAACGACCCCAAUGGACCCCAAAAGUCCAUCCGUCCUGUCAACGCUCCAUUCUACGGCAUGCUCGGCAAACGGAUUGCCGUUCAACACAAGGUCAACGGCGCACCAACUGAACACAUCAUCGCCGACCCUCCAGUCGGUUUCGGCAUAAACAACCUCGAUGCAUACAACUUCGCUUUCAAAGAAGUGUAUUCUCAAGGCGGGAAUGCUGCAUUGAACACCACUCGACGCACCCCCGAUCAAACCACCGCCGGUUACUUCUGGGCCUACGACGGCUCGAACCUCAUUGGCACCCCACCACGCAACUACAACCAAAUCCUGCGCAAAAUCGCCGUGGAGAAACGACCAGCUGCUGGCUUGACCGACGAGAAGAACAACGCCGAUUUCGCGCGUCUCUUCUGUCUCGCCAAUGUAGUCAUGGGCGACGCCGGAAUCUUCGCCUGGCAAGCGAAAUGGUGUUUUGAGUUCUGGCGUCCUCUUAAUGGCGUUCGUCAGGACAUUCAAAGCCCGCUGCAUGACCCAUUCUGGUUGACUCUUGGUGCGCCAGAGACCAAUACCGAUCAGAUUUCGUUCAAGCCUCCGUUCCCGUCUUAUCCAUCGGGACAUGCGACGUUUGGUGGUGCGUUCUUCCAGGCGAUCAGACUGUAUUACAAGAAGCGUGAUAAUCUCCCCUUUGCGCCUGAUGAAGCAGAUAACAUCGCUUUCGAGGCUACGAGUGAGGAGUUGAAUGGGAUAUCUCGUGAUCUUCGCCAACCAUACGAUCCUUCUGCGCCCAUCACUGACCAGCAAGGUCUCGUCCGCACAGAUAUUGGAGCACGCAAAUUCCCAUCUCUCUGGUCUGCCAUCUUUGAAAAUGGAAUAUCUCGCAUCUAUCUCGGUGUUCACUGGGGAUUCGAUGCAUUUGCGGCUGAGGAUGUCGUAACCUCCAAGACAUUCACCGCGGAUGGACUCAUAAACUAUAAAGCAGCCCAGGAUAUCAAGUAUCAGACCGUGGGUGCUAGAGGGGAUCGACCAGGUCAAUUGUUCCCAAUCGGUGGUGUUCCUUUGGGAAUUGAGAUUGCGAAUGAUGUUUUCCAAAGCAACGUCAAGCCGACGCCUCAACAAUUCCAACCCAGUGGGAGAAACAAGUGUGGUGAUCCACCAUCGUCAAGAGCGCCGCCAACACUGAAUGGCAAGAGUUCUGAGCAGAAUGGUGAAAGUAGCGAAUCGGUUUUGGAUGUGAACUGA